CUCCGUUCUCGCCGCGGGGAGCUCCCUUCGUCCGGCCUCGGCACCGGAGGUGGGUGCGGAUUCGGUCAAAGAGAGAGCCGCCGCGCGCUGCCCGCCGCCAGCAUGUCUUCCAGCUCCAGCGUCAACACGCUGCAACGCCUGGUGGAGCAGCUGAAACUGGAGGCCGGCGUGGAACGCAUCAGGGUCUCUCAGGCAGCUGCAGAGCUUCAGCAGUAUUGUAUGCAGAAUGCUUGCAAAGAUGCUUUGCUUGUGGGAGUUCCGGCUGGAAGCAACCCAUUUCGAGAGCCCAGGUCCUGCGUGUUGCUCUGAAGACAGGGAAGGUUUUCUGAAAGUUCUCAAGUACAAGAAGAAUCCCAGCGGUCUUCCUUGUUUUCCAAACCAAUACUUUCUCUGUGUAGACCUGAACGGUUUCGUUAGAUAUUUAUUAGUCUGCCUUAGAUUGUCUUAGUAAAUGGUUAGAUCUUUUGCUAAUAUAAAGCAUUUUAUAAGGAAAAGCUUUUCCUUUCGUAAUUGAAUCAAUAUCCUUUCUUUAAUCCUCUGAGAUGUUUACAUUUAGAAAAGGACAAUACCAAUGAUGUGUUUCUAUUGUGCCUGAAUGAACCACGCACUAGGUACCUUCUUACUAACAGCUGUCUGUUUUCUGAUCAGAGAUACUUUCAAGUAGGUUUGAUCCAGGCAAAGUUGACCUUUAAGGCUGCAGUUUUACGCACAUUUGUUAUUUUUGAAUAAAUUUGAUAUACUCAACAGGGGAGCUAUAUCUCCCAGUUGCUAUCAGUAGAACUUCAGGCAUAUUCCCAUCCUAAAAUGGACUCUCCCUUAAAAAUACUUUGCAUUGGUUGGAGUGUACCCAGUUGGUUAAAAGAAAGGUGCUUCUCUGUCCCAAUUGGACCAAAUGAAGAAGAUGCAUGUCAUGUCAAGGGGGCUAUGACGAUAGCCCCCUUGAGCUCCCAAGCCCCAAUUUUUUGCAGAAAUACAAGCUUGCUGUUCAGCCUUUCAGUGAAUUAGGAGGAAGAGAACUGUAUGGGAAUCUCUCUAUAUAGAUCUUGCCCUCCCUCCUGUUGGGUAUAAUGAGAGGUAUAAGGGGAGUCACGUCAUGUAUCAUCUUCCCAUUUAAUGUGCACAGUGCCCCAUUUGCAGCUAAUUGGAAUAGGGAACAGCCAAGAACAUGCUGAUAAGCUGCUUCUCAUGCCAGUCUGUAACGGGGGAUAGUACAGUAAGAUUAGGAUGCAGGGAGGGGAGAUUUAAACUGCUGGUGCACUGAGAUCACAAAGGAAGAAUGCGAGAGGCUGCACCAAUUCCCAGCAUAGUACCCACCCACAAAUUUUGGCCAAAUCUACCAGUCCUGUGGCUCUUGACCCCCUACUGCAUACAGCCCUUGGGGGAAAAAUGUUCAUCUUUGCCAUUUGUUAAACUAAACUUUCUUUACAAAACCAUUUUUCUAUAUAUCUGAAAUCAGUUGGUGACAAUUUACAGAAAUAGCAAAUACUACCUGUAACACAGAUGGAUUUCUUUCUGCAUGUUCACCACAGACAAUCUAGUCUUUCCUUAUCUCUGUGCUUUUACAUAAAACUGUUACCUUACAGAGAAAGCCUGCUAUUUGGCGCACGGUGUUCCAAUGUCAAAGACUCCAAAGAAUCUUAAGGCCCUGCCAGAUGUCUGCAAGCCUUAGGAAGGAGAAGGAGAAUUGGGCUUUCCUCCACCUCUCAUUUCUGUUUGUUUUAACGGCUUCCCUCUCACUGAUGAGAAGAGUGCUGCAGAACAGGAGAGUAAACAAUUCAAGGGGAGCAGGAUGAGUUUGGAAAUGUAUUAAAACAGUGUGAAAAGAGGCCAAAGAACCAUCCAUUUAUACCGUAUCAAAUAUCUGCAGCAAGAUGCCUUACCUCGUGCUGGUCUUCUUUCCUGCUGAAGUUACAAAAUAUAUUACUUAGUUUCAGAGGGGGACAGCUGACAAAUCCUGUGCUCCCCAAGACACCCUCUUAGGGACUAUAGGAUUGUAACCUUAAAGUAUGCCUGCUUGGCAAAUAAUCACUGAUAAUAACACUACAACAAAUAGAAUAAAUUUAGGCCAAUCCACAGGCAAAGCUUUCUGAGCAUUUGCAAUAUUACUGGAACAAUUUACUUUUUUUUUUUUUUUUGGUGGAUCAGGUGUCUUUGAUUUUGGAUUACCAAGCACUUUUAUACACACUGUUUACUUUUAAAAAGUUCUUUUUGGUUUGUAUUAAUAUAUUAAAAGCUUAAAAAAAUCUU